UAAUCAAUUUCGGUUCGGAUUUGGUACUACUUUUUCGGAUCGGGUUCGGUUCGGUUCUUCGGAUCCGGGCUUUUUGCCCAGCCCUAAUUUAGAGUGAGGUUUUAGAACACGUGUCAGAAAACCCUGAAGUUUCAAUUUUUUUUUUCUUUUCUUCUGUUUUUUAAAGCAUUCUCCUUUUGUUUCUUCAGCUACCAAAUCACUCUCUCUCUCCAGGUUUGUAUCUGAUUCAUCUCUAAUCUCUCUUUCGUUUCCUCUGAUUCUCGAUUCCACUUUCUUUUUAUUUUUUUUUCCGAUAAAUGACUGGUCUUUGCUUCGAUUCAUUGGGUUCUGGUUUAGACCAUAGAUACUGUUAGAAAGAUUAGUACUUUCUUCGAUUUGAAUGAUAUAUACGAUGCUUGUAGAUCGCUUUGAAUGAUUAAGAAAGACCUUGAAUUUGUAUUGAAACCGAUUCAUUUUGUUUGUGGUGAGUCAGAAGAAGGAUCCGAGUCUCCAGGUGCAGUUGCUGGAGUACGAUAUGAGGUUUGAGAGAUAUGGAAGUGAGUUCACGUAUUAUGAUUACAACGAACCUGAAGAUUUACCGUUGGACCUUAAACAUUGGUUCAACAUAAUCGUUGCAGAUCCUCCCUACUUGAGUAAGGAAUGUCUGGAAAGAGUUACUCAAACGGUUUCGUUUAUGGCGAGUCCAGUAGAUUCUUUGUUACUUCUUCUCACAGAAAUGUGCAAAGAUAUAUGGCGGCUGAGAUAUUGGGUGUUCGGCCUUGCGUGUUUAAAGCCUCAUCACUCUAGCAAACUCGGAAACGAGUUUAGGCUGUUUGUAAGUUAUGAUCCAGGUACCAGACUAGGGGGUUUGGAAGAAGAAGACAGCUAGCUGUGAAUUGUCCAUCUUUUCAUCUACCAUCUGCGUUGACUUGCUUGUAAGUUGCUUCUCUAGAGUCUUCAAGACUAUUAUUAAGUAAACAAUGAGAGUUUCUUGUAUCCUUCUGAUCACCACUUAACCUUGUUGGAAACAGCUGAUUAGUCAGUCUCAAUAGUUUUGGUAAAAGCUUUUUUGUUGAGAUAUCAA